AUGAAUCAAAUAUUUGAAAACUUUGGCAAUGCAGAUGAAAUAGUUGAGGAUGAUGGUAAUCCACCAUCCAUGGAUGCAGAUGCAAGCAAUGUCAAAGCGAAACUAUCAGCAGUUCUUACAGAUUUGAGAGAAAAUAUGAGUAACACUGAAAACCGUUUACACAUACGACGCAAAAAGCUUUGGGAUGACCUCCUUGAUGCACGAAAGUCUUCUAAGUGGUUCAAACCAGAUGGUGUAUUGAGAAUUGUGUUCAUUGGUGAGCCAGCAGUGGAUGGGGGAGGCCCUAAAAGAGAAUUUCUUACUGGUAAGUUGAGAGAUGUGGUUAUUGCAUUUAUAUUUGAGAAUGGGAGACAUUGUUUUAUCAACAUAGCAAUACCACUAAUUAAGAAGCUAUUACCAUAGUUAUCAAUAUUAUUCCACUCCAGGCCAGGAUGACAUAGGAGUGCCAGACAGUGAGUCUCAUUUGUUACUCAAAAAUUAUUACUACAUGGUUUGUACUUCUCAAAUGAAUAUAUCUGAAAUGUUUGGAAAACCCUGGCCGCAGUAAAUUAAAAACCUCAUUUGCCAGAUAUCUAUAAUUGUUAUCUGAUCAUAAUAAUUGCCUCCCCUGCAGGCAACUCAGUGGCAAUUAAACAGCAAAAUUAUGCCAAAUUUAUAACGGGGUUCAAUGAUAAUUUGCACAAGUAAGAACUAGAAUUACUUUCCCUGCUAGUCCAUAGUACAAUUGCAUGUCUGCCAAGUAUUGUGAAAUCCUGCUGUUUCCUGCAUAGGAGGGUGUCAUAAUAACACCGUAUGAAAGAAAUUUGUCAUGAUACUUUAGUAACAAGUUAACAACAGAUUGUAAUACCUGACAAAAAUAACAAUGCAUGCAAAUUUGCAAUUUUUCUUUAUACAGGUCGAUUUAUAUCAAAUCAUGUAUUGAACCCAAAAUCCCAAUGAUUAAAGAGCUUGAACAAGGAUUGGCUCUUUAUGGUUUGCUGAACACAGUACGACAACAGCCAGGGUUGUUUGAAGCUGUAUUUCUUGAGAGCAGUCAAUUUGAUAUUACUUUGGAUGACCUUCUGGAUUCUCUGGAAGUUAAAUACAGCCAAUCUCAGUUACUUAAAGAAAAAGAAGAUGUGUUUAAAUAUUUUUCAGACAUGGUGCAAAACAUAGCGCACUUGGGUGAGUGCUAGUGUUCCGGGAUAUUUGUCCCCCAGACCAUAUUUCCUAAAACCGUUGCCGUCCCCGUCCCCCCACCCUCCCCUCCCCAUGUGUUUGGUCUUGAAAACUUCUUGAUGUAACAAUAUUAGUGUUGUGGCUUUUGCUUUUAGUAAUAUUUAUGCUUUCCACCCUAUGCCCGACAUAACAAUCCUAAACGUAGCGAAGCUUGAGUGUUGCAUUGAUUGAGCUCUGUUUACUGGGCUGCACGGUAGACAGUAUAAUAAAUCUGACACAUGAUUGGGUUAAUUUGGCUUGGGGGUUAACAAUCCCGCAGCCGCUUUAUUUUAAAUUUUCAUAACAGAAAUUAAUUAAUUAUAUAUAAAUAUAUAUUGCACAUGAAAGAUGUGCUCAAACAGUUUUGCCCAGGAAAGGUGAGGGCAAGAUUAUGCCAAAGCAUCUUACUCUACUAAGAUGCACCCCACCCCAGGCAAUGCAAGACUCAAGUCUCCAUCCGCUAUUCGUCAUAUGAAGAUAAAGUGAGACACAAUGAAUCACAGACGCCCCUGCAAGCUGUGAAUUGCGAUGUGUCAGUGCGCAAGAAUAUAGUAAAUGUAGGUUCUAACAGUAGCAUGUAGUAAAAUACCAAAUAACUAAUAUGAAAAUAAUUCUAUACAACAGCCGCCCGUGCUAACUGUUGUUAAGAAACUCCUGUUAAUCUACAAGCCUGGAAAAAUGAAGCCAGCGGCCCUUGCACACUGGUAAACUAUGUAAUAAUAUACAACCGCAACAACAAGUACCAGCCCCUGCUUGGUACCAAUUAUCACCUGCAUGUUGUAAAGUAACCAAAUACUAAAUAAAUGAAACCACAACAAGCAACAACCAGUACCAGCCCCUGCGUGGUACCAAUUGUCGCCUGUUGACAGCUGCAUCUUACGGUAAUUAGAGAAGGCCUUACCCCAAGACUCCCCGCUAGUCUUGUAGAUAGGACAUAAUUAUACAAAUAAUAUUAGAAGUGAAAGUUAGGUGGAGAGCGAUGAAACCCUGAUGUAUUUCUGAAAAGCAUUAGACUUCCAUCGCCCUAAUGUGCGGAUUUGUGCAACCGACAUCCCCUUUUCUGCAGCAUAAGAAGCAGCCCCAAUUCGGAAACUGUGAGAUUUAUAGCGAGUUGGAUUUAGACCGCAAAAUUUUAUUGCUUCAGACAGCCGUGCAGCGAAAACUUUCCUGGUGACUGCGUUGCCCUGUUGUGUGAUAAAAAUUGCUCCAGGUUGAUUACCACGCAAUGCUAGGUAGUCGAGAAGGAGAGCAAUAGGGCAACACGAAUGCUGGCGUUGUAGCGACAAGGUGAAUGGACGUUGAUUAUAAUGGUGUUUAAAAUCCAAAAAGGUCAAAGUAAACCCAACCACGUGUUUACUAGAGCCAUAAACGUAAGAGAUUUGAUGCAAUUGUAGGGGUUGACAACCAGCAUUCGUCAUUGCCGUAAUUUCACCGAUACGCAAAAAGCCAAAAAAUGCCAAGGAACACAUGGCUUCAAAUUGGCAUACUUGAUAACGUGAACCUUGAAUAUUAGGAGCAGCGUUAAGUAACAUUUCUAAAAUGGGCAAUGUAAUAGGCAAACGACUGUCUAAAUGUGCGCCAUUUUUCGCGUAUCCCUUUAACAACUGAAUAAUGUAGAAAACCCGAGUUGGGUCGGGCAACCCAGAUAGCUUAUGAGAGUAGCCAAUGGCGGAUACAUAUGUAUUGACAGUAGACGGAGCGUAAUUGCGAUCAAAUAAGUAAGCAAUGAAAAGUGCUAAUGUGGUUGGAAAAAUAGGCAUUGUGAAGUGGGCUGUCUGGUAUAUGCUGCUGUGAAAUUGAGUGAAUAAUUUCCAUGCCCGUGUAUAAGUAGGAAUGGAAGAUUUUUGCAAGCUAGACUGUGCCAAGUGUGUAAUUAUACUUGCCAACUUUGAGGCUGCAGAUGAAGGGGAAUGUCUGUUGGAAGCCUGUUCAUGUUGGCCGGUGCUAACUGGUGAAAGGUGGACACCUGAAAGCGAGAUAAAGAAUCCGCCAAUUUAUUAGAAAUUCCGGCGAUAUGUUUUGCUUUGAAUACAAUAUUGUUUUGUAAGCAAACUAGCACCAUUUUGCGCACAAAACACAUCAAAGAUUUGUCGCGACAUGAUUUUUUGUUGAUAACAUGAACUAAUGCUUCAUUAUCAGUAAAAAAUAAAAUAGAUUGGUUGCACAUAUGGUGACCCCACAGGCAAAGGCUCAGGACAAUUGGACAGAAUUCCAAAAUAGCAAUGUUGCCGAUGGCUCAAUUGCUUAACUAGAGACAUAUUGUCAGAUGUUUCUGGUUAACCCAUCAAGCUGCAGAGCUUCCCAUUGAUGAGUAAAAUUGUCCGGCGUUAGACAAGUAAAAAAGUAAGGGCGCGCUGGGGCUCAAUGGGUUAAUCAACAAGAUUGACAUAGUUUCAGACAAUAACUAGCAUAUUUAUUCUACCUUGCAGAAAUCCCUGAGGUCACCUUAAAGGAUUUCCUGAAGUUUGUAACUGGUACGAAUCAAAUACCUCCAUUAGGCUUUCCAAAAAAUAUAUCAGUGGGGUUUCAGCAUGGAUGUCUCCCUUCUUGCAAAUGCAGACCAAAAGCUUCGACAUGUUCACUUACCUUGACUUUACCAAUCCAUGCUGAUAGUUCUGCUGCAAUGCAAGAGUUGCUCAUAUCUGCCUUGACUGAGUGUUAUGGAUUUGGAUAUGUAUUUUCUAAUACAGUUAAGUUAGUUAAUUAUUAUAAUGUUGCUGCCUAA